AUGAGCCGAAUAAAUUGGAAAAAGUCGGCGGCGACGACUCCGACGAGUCCGCAGUUCCCGUCGCCCCGACUCAUUUCCCUGCCGAGAUGCGCCUCGUCGUCAAUCGAUCGGAAGGUGAGACUAACACCCAGAAAUGUCCUCGUUUUCACUAACUUUUCAUGUUUUUUGUCUGAAAUUGCGGAAAAAUUGAGUAGAAUUGAUAUGCAUUUAAAAAAAAACCUGAAAACCACUGUUUAUCCUAACAUUUUCUGUUUCACUGAAAAUAUGUAAAUUUUCAAUAGAAAAAAAUUUCAUUACCUUCAUUAGUGUUCCACAUUUUUUUUUUCUCAUUUUUACCACCCGUUCCACCCGAAAACGCUCAAAUUUUCCGUUUUCAGGACCAAGCGUCGCCGAUGGCUUCUCCGUCAACUCCACAAUAUCCGAAGCACAGCGACAGUCUGCACUCUCUGUCGGGCAAUACGACGAGCGAACGGGAACCGCCGAAAUUCAAGUACAAAAUGAUCAUGGUGCAUUUGCCGUUCGAUCAGCACUCUCGUGUUGAGGUAAACCGGAAAAAUCACGAUAAAUUUGCUGGGCAAAUUUCGGCCGACGCUUUUCGAAGGCCAGGACUUUUGACCGAUUUGCAAUUAUCCGAUCGGGCCAAACUUUGCAGACUUCCUUGGAAAUGGAUUGGAAUAUAUUGGGUCCAAGUUUCAGACCGUCCCGAUCAUCUGGUCCCUAGAUAUACUGGUUUGAGACCGAUAACACGGGAAUUGCGAAAAUUGCGCCCCUCUCGGGACCAGAUGAUGGGAUGGACUUGAAACUUGGAAUCAAUAUACUUCAAUCCGUGUCCUAGAAGCCUGCAAAGUUUGGUUCCGAUCAGAUCAUUGCAAAGUGGCUCAAAAGUCCAGGCUUCGAAAAGCCUUUAAGCCAGAAAUGUUCAGUUUCACCGAAAAUCUGUAAGUUUUGAGUUAAAAAAAUUUUGGUCUAAAAGUAAUUUUUUUUUUUCAAUUUUCCACUGCUAAUUUUUGCAGGUGCGACCCGGAGAAACCGCACGUGACGCCAUCUCGAAAUUGCUGAAAAAGCGAAAUAUAACGCCACAAUUGUGUCACGUCAGCAGCUCAUCAGACCCGAAACAGGAGAUUAUCGACUUAUCCGUAAGAAUUUUGACAUUUUCUCUUUUUUUUCUGAAAGUCUGUUGCCGGAAAUCUGUUUUUUUUAAAGGAAACGAUGGAGUCGAUCGCGGCGAGGCUGUCGGGCAACGAAUUGUGGGUACAUUCCGAGUACCUGAACACUGUUUCCUCGAUCAAACACGCCAUCGUGCGGAGGACGUUCAUUCCGCCCAAAUCGUGCGAUGUCUGCAAUAAUCCCAUAUGGAUGAUGGUAAAAUUUCGCUUUUUCUAGCCUAACAAGCGUUUUUUUCAGCCACUUUGGGGAAAAAAAUACAAAAAAAGUCUGAAAAACAGAUACACUCUUUACUGUUUCAAAAAAAUUUUAUUCAGCUGUCGGAAGGGAUUUCAUGCAGUACAUUGAAACUGUUGAUUAUUUGCAGGGGUUUCGGUGUGAAUUCUGUCAGUUCAAAUUCCACCAGAGAUGUUCGUCGUUCGCACCGCUCUACUGUGACCUGCUGCAAUCGGUGCCGAAAAAUGAGGAUGUGAGUGAGAAAUAUUCGUGUUUUUUCGAAUUUUCGAAAGGAGUCAGCAUGAAAAAAUUUAUGGGAAUUCAGAGAAACCGUAAAAAACAAGUUCGAAGACAAAACUGAAUUUCCGUUUGUUCCUCAACAAAAUUGUCUUAAAAUGCGUGUUUCAGCUGGUGAAGCAGUUGUUCGGGAUCGCGUCGGAAGUGGAAGGACCGGACCGUUCGGUGGCGGAAAUCGUGCUGGCGGGUCUCGCACCGACUUCGGGCCAGUCGCCCGCCGCCACGCCCGACAGCAGCCAUCCGGAUCUGACGAGCAUCAAACGGACGGGCGGCGUGAAAAGGCAUCCGAUGGCCGUUUCGCCGCAGCAGGAGACCUCCCAACUCUCGCCCGCAGGCCCCUACCCGCGGGACCGCUCCUCCUCGGCGCCCAACAUUAAUGCGAUCAACGACGAGACGACCGUACAGCACAAUGUGAGUUUUUGGGCCAACGGCGUUGAAAAAUCACGUUUUCAACACUUUAAACGAAUUCACGUGUUUUCAGCAACGAAUCCUGGACGCGCUGGAAGCGCAGAGACUGGAGGAGGAGUCGAGAGACAAGACGGGCUCGCUGCUCUCGACGCAAUGCCGCCACCGGCCGCACUUCCAAUCCGGCCACAUUCUGUCGGUGGCGGGCGCCCGCAUGAACCGACUGCACCCGCUCGUCGACUGCUCGCCGCUCGGCUCCAACUCACCCACCUCCACGUGCUCCUCGCCCCCCGGCGGCCUCAUCGGAGCAUCGAACCACACGCUCGCAGGUGCUCAGAGCCCCAACGUGUCGGGCAGUUCGUCCCUUGUAGCCGCCCAUCUUCACACUCUUCCGUUGACGCCGCCGCAAUCCGCUCCGCCGCAAAAGGUUUGUACUACUAUCGGGGCAUUUGAAUGUGAAUGCGGUCUGUUGAGAAACGAGAUGAAAACUGGAUCGUAUCACAAAAAUCAGCAAGUUUUCAAAAAUGUCAAUUUUCCAUUCGAAAACUCUCAGAUCUCGCCGGGAUUCUUCCGUAACCGAAGCCGAUCGCCCGGGGAACGAAUCGACGCGCAACGGUCCCGUCCGCCGCAGAAACCGCACCACGAGGACUGGGAAAUAUUGCCCAACGAGUUUGUGGUACGUUUGCACAAUUUUUAGAACUUUUCCGAUGCUUUUGGCAUACUUGCAAACGGGGUUUGAAGCGAGUUAUCAGCCGGGGCCGGUUUGCAAAGGGUCCUAUUCUCCACCCUUCAAAAAUGUUCGAUGGAAGUUGUGAAGCUGUAACUUUGCACAGAAACCUCACAUUUACCUCUAACCUGGCUCAUUUUUAAAAGCACAAACACAAUUUGUCAAUCAAUCAGAUGUCUCUGUGUUUUUCGCAUGUAUGAAAAGCCGGGCCGUGCAGUAGUUUUACAGUUUCACCGAAAAUAUGAAUUUUUCCAUCACUUUCCAAACAAUUUCCUAUUCGUUUUCAGAUUCACUACAAAGUGGGCUCCGGCUCGUUCGGAACCGUCUUCCGUGGCGAAUUUUUCGGAACGGUCGCCAUAAAAAAGCUGAAUGUGGUCGAUCCGACGCCCUCGCAAUUGGCCGCCUUCAAAAAUGAGGUACGCGCAUUUUUUUUUUGGAUUUUCCUAACGAUUUCUCAUUUGCAGGUGGCGGUGCUGAAAAAGACGCGUCAUCUGAACGUGUUGCUCUUCAUGGGAUGGGUCCGUGAGCCCGAAAUUGCAAUCAUCACGCAAUGGUGCGAAGGAUCCAGUCUUUAUAGGCAUAUUCAUGUACAGGGUAGGAUUUGCAUCGAUAAUAUGCAAUUUUUUUGGUGAUUAGUUAACUAAAAAUUUGCAGAGCCACGAGUCGAAUUCGAAAUGGGCGCUAUUAUCGAUAUUCUGAAGCAGGUGUCACUCGGAAUGAACUAUUUGCACUCGAAAAACAUAAUUCAUCGGUGAGCCACUUUUUGCAAUAUUUUUUACUGUUCCAAGAAUGGCUCAAAAAUGCUGAUUUAUUGUUGUUCCAUGUUAGAACGCGCGGGUGUACCUCGUACAUCGAAAACUAAAAUUUGAACUUCCAAGAAAGGUUGCCUCGAAUAAAAUUCAAAUAUUGCAGAGACCUGAAAACGAACAAUAUUUUUCUGAUGGACGACAUGUCGACAGUGAAAAUCGGCGAUUUCGGACUGGCGACCGUCAAAACGAAGUGGACGGUGAACGGCGGACAGCAGCAGCAGCAGCCGACCGGAUCCAUCCUCUGGAUGGUCGGUUUUUAGCCAAUUUCUGAAAAGAAUACCAGGACUCGACAAAUUUCGGCCCAGGCUUUUUGAAGCCUGGACUUUUGACCCGAUCGCAAUGAUCCGAUCGGGACCAAACUUUGCAGACUUUUAGGAUAUGGGUUGAAGUAUAUAGGGUGAUCAUCUGAUCCCGAGAUUAACUGGUUUGAGGCCGUGGACACGAAAUACAUCAAUCCAAGUCCAAAAAGCCUGCAAAGUUUGGGCCCGAUCAGAUCACUGAAAAGCUUGGGCCGUGUUUUUGCUCAAGCCUUGAAAAAUACUGAGCAUUUAGUUCAAUAGAGUAACUAAAUUUCCCACUGGGAAAAGCGAAACACUAGACACCAGAAAAUGUGUCCUCAGAACAAUUUUUCCGAAAAAUGUUUCCAGUUUCACCGAUCAAAUGAAUUGUUCAUGAUUACCCAAAAGUAUUCAGCGGUGUCAUUAACACGUGCGAGAUUGCAGGCGCCGGAAGUGAUCCGAAUGCAGGACGCGAACCCGUACACGCCUCAGUCGGACGUCUACUCGUUCGGCGUGUGCAUGUACGAGAUCCUCUCGUCGCACCUGCCCUACUCGAACAUCAACAACCGCGACCAGAUACUGUUCAUGGUCGGACGGGGCUACCUGCGGCCGGACAAAUCGAAAAUACGCCACGACACGCCGAAGAGCAUGAUGAAGUUGUACGAGCACUGCAUCACGUUCGACCGCGACGAACGACCCGUUUUCGGAGAGGUUUGUACCGGUUUUUUGUUCAAUUUUCUCCUCAAAAAUUUUCAAGAAAAUUGAGAUCGAAUUUGGUAAAUGUAUUAUUGGGGCACCGGACAGAAAGGGCGCGCUGUUCGCAAUCUGGCCGAAUUUCUAGGCCGCGAAGUAAUUUUCCACUGAAAAUGUGGCCUAACUUUUCAAACUCGGCCCCGAGGUCGCUCAAUUUGCACUGCAAAAGGAGUUUAUCAACAGAGCGCCAUUUCUGCGCGGUGCCCCUAUAAUAAAUCGAUCCUUAUCGGAUCCGAGAGUUUGCAUGAACGGAGUGUCGUAACGCGCUUGGUUUUUAUUAAAGUUGAUUAAACCAAGCGCGUUACGACACUCCGUUUCUACAUUUACCAACGAGUGCGAGAGCGGUGCCAUCGAGAAUUGCGUCAAAAAAAGUUCCGCCAAAACGCUCUAUUUUUGCAGGUGCUCGAGCGGCUCCGCUGCAUAAUCCUGCCGAAACUGACGCGCUCGCAGUCGGCGCCGAACGUGCUUCACUACGAUUCGCAGUACUCGGUGAUGGACGCGGUCAUCCGCAGCCACAUGGUCUCCUCGACGUACAUCCCGCCGGCCAACGCGAAAACGCCGCAAUCGGCGGCGGCGGCGGCGGCGGCCAACAAAAAGGCCUAUUACAACGUCUACGGCCUGAUUUAG